AAACUCUUGGAGCAACCUUACAGCCUUGUUUAGCUAUGGCCUUCUCCAAUAGCUUCCUUUUGCUCUACCUUCUAUCACUAGUCGCUUGCAUUGCCCAAGGGCAGCUUUCACCCACGUUCUAUGAAGCAAGCUGCCCAAAUGUACAAAGCAUCGUGCGCUCGGUCAUGGCAGAGGCUGUCAUUAGGGAGCCAAGGAUGGGCGCAUCCAUCCUUCGGCUCUUUUUCCACGACUGCUUUGUGAAUGGCUGUGACGGAUCGAUCCUUCUCGAUGACACACCAACGUUCACCGGCGAGAAGAACGCUUCCCCAAACCGAAACUCACUCCGUGGAUUCGAUGUCAUCGACGCCAUCAAAGCCAGUGUCGAAGCCGAGUGCUGCGCCACCGUCUCAUGUGCUGACAUCCUCGCCCUCGCUGCUCGCGAUGGGGUCCACUCGCUCGGGGGGCCGACUUGGACGGUGCAACUGGGCAGGAGGGAUGCAACGACGGCGAGCCAAAGCGCGGCCAACAGCAACCUCCCCAGUGCCGGGUCCAGCAUCUCCACGCUCAUCUCCUUGUUCGCCGCCCAGGGCCUCAGUGCUCAAGAGAUGACCGCGCUCUCCGGUGCCCACACCAUCGGCCAGGCUCAAUGCAAGAACUUUCGCGCCCACAUCUACAACGACACCAACAUCGACCCCAGCUUUGCGGACUUAAGAAAGCAGAACUGCCCGGCCUCGGGCGGCGACAGCAACCUCGCGCCGCUCGAUGUCCAGACCCCGAACUGGUUCGACAACGGCUACUACCAGAACCUGGUGGCCCAGCAGGGGCUGCUGCACUCGGACCAGGAGCUCUUCAACGGCGGGUCGCAGAACGCGCUGGUUCAGCGAUACAGUAACGACGCUGCGUUGUUUGCGAGCGACUUCGCUGGGGCGAUGGUGAAGAUGGGGAGCAUCAGCCCGCUGACCGGGACCAGCGGGGAGAUCAGAUUGAACUGCAGGAAGGUCAACGAAUGACGCCCGGUGAAGGCGGCGACGAUUGACUCUCCAAGUCUUAACUACUUCACUACGGGCAAAUCAACUAGAUAAUAACACUUGUCAAAUGGAGCUAUGCAACGAUAAGAUAGACGGCAGUUCCAGUGUUUCUUGAAAACAAGAAAACGAGAUCACGAAUUAAAUGAUAUAUAUUUUCAUCCAUUU